AUGGCUCACGCCCCUGGCACAGCCGGGCGUCCAACUUGGUACCUUUCUGGAUCACCAGCAGGCGCAACGGGGGGAAACCUCACCCGUACAAACCCUCUCACAUCCCCCCCUCCCUGCUCCGGGGACAAGCACUCCACCACAUGUCCACAAGGAAGCUGA